AUGGCUGAAGUAAAGUUGGUUCUUAUCACUGGUGCAAACCAAGGCAUCGGCUUCGAGACCGCCAAGAAUCUCAUCCUUUCGGACAACUACCAUGUCAUCAUAGGAUCACGAGACCCGUUCAAAGGCGAAGAAGCUGCCCAAACCUUGCAGGCCAUCCCCGGUAUCAAGGGCAGCGUGUCGUCAAUCCAGAUCGACGUGACAGACGACAAGUCUGUGGAUGAUGCCGCUGCUCAGAUCAAAUCGCAGUAUGGACGGCUCGACAUCCUGGUAAACAAUGCAGCCUUGAACUCCAUGGUGGAACCCCCGACCCGGGAGACUCUGCGCAAGAUCCUGGAUGUGAACGUUGUCGGCGCACUCAGCACCACGGAAGCUUUUCUCGACCUACUCCGGAAGUCAUCCGAAAAGCGACUGGUUUUUGUCUCGUCGAGCACAGGAUCCAUCAGUCAGGCAGCAGACCCAAAGUCGCCCUUUCACCAAUCUGGAGCAGCCGAAUACCGGACCAGCAAGGCUGCAUUGAACAUGAUGAUGGUCCUGUAUCUGUGUCGACUCGAGGGCGAGGGCUUCAAAGUGUUUGGAGCUGACCCGGGACUGUGUGCCACAAACCUCACUGGUGAUCCUGAAUCUCUGCGUCGAAGAAACGCAGCCGAGCCAUCUGAUGGGGGAGAAAGAGUGGCGACGGUGGUGAAAGGGGAGAGAGACGCGGAUGUUGGAAGGGUCCUGGGGGUAUAUGGGGUAUCACCAUUCUAA